AUGAAAAUGUUGACAAGUGUGUGUGUCUUUCUUUGCUUGGUGGCGUCUGCCACUGCACUUUCCCAGCCACCGGCUAUGUUCCUAGAGCCAGAUAACAAUGUGUAUUACAAAGCUGGAGAGACUGUACAAAUGCCAUGUGUGGCAACUGGAGAACCUCGUCCAGAGUAUCGUUGGAAAAGAAACGAGAUCGAAUUCAACCCCAGUGGUAAUGAUGCUAGGGUUGUCCAGCUUCCAAAUGCUGGCACUCUUGUCAUUAACAGCCCAGAAGACAAAGAUGAGGGCAUUUUCCAGUGUUUUGCAAUAAAUUCCUUUGGUAUUUCUGCAACAAAGAAGAUUAAUCUCAGGCAGGCAAAGCUGCAAGAAUUUGCUUAUUCACCUCCCAAAAAUUUUACUCCCAGAAUUGGAGAACCCUUCACCCUGCCGUGUGUUCCACCAGAAAGCGUCCCACCACCCAGUGUCAUGUGGAUCAACAAACUGGAAAUGGGCGGCAUCGAUGUCUACAACUAUGAUGACCGUGUUUCCAUGGACAGAGAGUUUCGACUCAGGUUUGCAAAUGUCAGAGCAGAAGAUAGAAAAGGUGGCCUGCCUUAUGCCUGUAUGGCUGUGAACCCAGAUAUGAGGAGAAGUACUCAAGGACCUCUGUUCUAUAUAUCUCCCAUUGGAUCAACUGAUACAUUUACAAGAGUCAGUUACUUGUGGGCUGAUCAGGAUGAUAGAUUUGGUCUACGUGGGGAAACUUUCUCAGUGAAAUGCAUUUUUGCUGGCAACCCCACACCUGAUGUCCAUUGGGAGAGAGGUGAAAACAAGACACUUCCUGACCGUGCCAAUUUGAAAAGCUUUGCACAAGAAUUGGAAAUCACCAAUUUGCAGUUUGAAGAUGCAGGAGUCUAUCAGUGCUGGGCGACCAACUCUGUCAGCGGUGGCUACCGCGCAGUCAGACUCUUCAAUGUUAGAGUCAACUCAAAACCAUAUUUUGUUCAAGCACCACAAGAUAUUGAGAUUGGGGUUGGAGCCAAUGUUGAGUUCACUUGUAUAGCUCAUGGUGUACCAGAACCGGACAUUGAGUGGUUUAUUGACGGUGUCCCUCUGAAAGAUGUGACUGACCCAAGAAUUACAGGACCAAGAUUUAAACGUCCUGUGGAAAAUAAGAUUUUUCUGGAGAAUGUUCAGCUGAGUGACCACAUGGUCGUCCAGUGCAAUGCCUCAAACAUUCAUGGAUAUGUCUUUGCUGAUGUUUAUCUGAAUGUACUUGCUGAAGCUCCAACCAUUCUCACUCCACCAAAAGCCAGAGAAGUUUCAGCCGAAGGCAUGGCAGUUAAUUUGACUUGUCGUACGACAGGCAAACCAGACCCAACCAUAACCUGGUAUAAGGAUGAGCUGCAGAUAACUGGUGGGCGUUACAUUAUCAGCAAGACAGGAGAUUUGCACAUCAGGUCUGUGGUGUUAGCAGAUGCAGGGAAAUAUAAGUGUGAAGCCAGAAAUAUGUUUAACGUCACGUCUGCGGAAGGAUCUCUGGUUGUACGGCGUAAAACCAGAAUUGAACAGAUGCCGUUAGAUCUUGAGGUUAAUGCGGGGACAGAUGCCAAAUUCACCUGUUCUGGAACAACUGAUCCAGAAGAGGUGCAUAAUUUCAAGAUUCUGUGGCAAAAAGAUGGAAAAGAGAUCACAACAAGGGACCAAAGAAUGACUGAGAAUAAGCAGGAUAAUUCUUUGACCAUUGGUGGCACCAUUCAGAGAGAUUCUGGUACUUACACGUGCAUCGCCACAAAUGGACUGGACAGCCAUUCAGCAUCUGCAGUAUUGACAGUCAGAGAUAAGCCAGAUGCACCGUCAGAUGUCAACUGGGAGUGGUGUAAUGUGAACGCAACAAUUAACUGGAUGCCUGGCAGUUACAACAAUGCACCUGUCCAGUAUUUUAUUCUUCAGUAUAAUACUUCUUUUAACCCUGAUAAGUGGACAUUUGGCCUUCAGGUUAAUUCAACUUUAAACAGAGUAAACUUCACUCUCUCACCAUACGUCAGCUACACAUUCAGAGUUCUUGCUUACAACAAGAUUGGCUUGAGUAACCCUAGCUUCCCAACACCAAAAGUUUGCACUUCUAAGCCAGGCAGACCUGCAUACCACCCUCGUAACCUUCGAACUCUUGGACACCAGUUUGGAAAACUUUACAUUGAAUGGACUCCAAUUUCUGAAUAUGAUCAAAAUGGGCCUGGAUUUUACUACAUUCUGCGGAUAUUGCGAUUGGGAGCGCAAGCAGAAACUGAUACCAUUGAAAUACCAAUCAAUGACUGGCGGACCAGUCAUUAUGAGAUGUCCACAGGUUAUGUUUAUGAGCCAUAUAAAAUCACACUGAGAGCAGGAAACAGUGUGGGAGAGGCAUCAGCAGAUCCCUCCACCAUUAUAGGCCAUUCCUAUGAGAGCACUCCGACCAUAACACCCACAAAUUUGAUAGCAGCAGAAGUGGCCGACUCAUACGUCUUAUUUCAGUGGGACUUUGACAAGAGUGAGAUCAAUAAAGUCAACACCAGAAUUCAAGGGGAGUUCCGAGGUUUUAAGAUUCAGUUUUGGGAGCAGAACAGAAGAGCUCAAACAGUCCGGGAAUUCGAUAUUGGUCCAUCAUCUCAAAAUAACGCUACUGGAAAUACAUUUAAUGCCCGUGUCGAGGAUAUGUUACCUUUUACAAAUAUGGAGGCUCAAAUACAUGUCAAGAACAACUACUACAUCAGCAGUCCAUCAGAACUGGUCCGCUUCAAAACAGUAGCCGGGUUGCCAGGACCUGUUGAGUAUUUCCGUGUCAUCAAUAUUGGGGACACCCAUGUGAACUUGGAAUGGGGGAGUCCAGCUGAGAAUAGAGGAGAUUUGCUUGGCUAUGACAUUAGCUACCAAUUAGUGAAUGGCCUUGAUCUUGGUGAAAUGCAGGAGAGGGAGCCCCAGAUUGAUGACCCAUACACAACCAAUGCCUACCUCAGUGGCUUAAGGGCUAGUUCCAAAUAUCGGGUGCAUAUCUAUGCCCGCACAGUAGCUGGCCGUGGGGAAGGAUUCUUUAUUGAAAUUACCACGACUGCCCCAGGAAGUCCCAGCAUGCCACGGUUCACCAUUGCAAAUAUCGGCAGGACUUUUAUUAAUGUCACUUGGUGGAUAAAUGCAUACGCCUCCUCUGGCACCAUUGUGUUUGUGGAAUACAGAAAACUGGAUGGUGCUGAAUGGAUAAGAACCUCAGAUGAGGUGGUCAACACAUGGAAAAAUGUCAGCAACCUUGAACCUGGAACCAAAUAUGAGAUCAGAAUUAAAACAACCAAUGGGCCAAUAGUUGCAGCUUCUGCCAUUGAAGAAGUCAUCACAGAUGGCACAGCUGUUGCUUCAGCAUUGAUUGGCAACUAUGGCUGGUUCAUUGGAAUGAUCCUGGCCAUCCUUCUGGUGAUCGCCCUUGUCAUCCUCUUCUUCAUCUGCCACAAGAGAGGAUUUCGGUUUGCCCAGAAAGAGGGCGCAUCCUACUAUGGGGGUGGUGGUGGUGACCAUGACGACGCAUACACCGGUAGAUAUGAUA